AUGGCUCCACCGUCCGCGGCCGGCGCGGCCGGCGCGGCGGCGAGAUGGCUGGUGUCGCCGCUGCUGCAGUGCCUGGGCGAUCGGGCCAGGUCCUUCGCCGACGACCUCGCGCGGUACCUCCCGGGAGGAUCCGGGGACGCGCCGGCCGACCUCGCGCGCCUCUCCGGCGAGCUCCUCCGCCUCCAGGUGAACGCCGCCGACGUCGAGCGCGCCCGGCGCCGCCCCUCCGACCCCGCCCUCGUCGCCUGGCUCCACCGCCUCAGGGACGCGGCCCACGACGCCGACGACCUCCUCGACGACAUCCACUACGGCCGCCUCGCCGACUCCCUCGCCGCCCCACGCCAUAAGCUCCGCCGCAUCCUCGACUUCUCCCUCUCCAUCUGCCGCCGCCUGUUCCGCUCCGACGAGCCCCUCAAUCGGCUCCCCUCCGUCCUCGAGAAUCUCACCGACGCCUCCGCGGCCUACACAGAGAUGGCCCACCGCGGCCUGAAGCUGGACGCGCCCGCCUCUUCGUGGCUUGGCAACGAAUCGGCUACCUCUCCGCGGCUUGGUAACUUUAGCUCCGCCCUCCCAGUCGACAGCACCUUCUUUGGCCGCGGCCGCGAGCUCGCUGAUCUGCUGGAAAGGUUAGUCGGAUGCAAUGGCCCUGCUCAACUCGGGAACCAGGGUGUCCCGGUUGUUGCCAUUGUUGGCGAUGGCGGCAUCGGCAAGACGACGCUGGCGCAGAUGGCCUUCAAUGAUGUGAGCAUCCAGGCUCACUUCGAUCUCCGGAUGUGGGUGUGCGUCUCAAGCUGUAUGCAUGUGAUGGAGCUUACUAGGGAGAUAUUGCAGCUGGCCAAAGAGGGGAAGGACUAUCGUGGUGUACUCAAUUUUAAUUAUCUGCAGGAGUCGCUGGUUUCUGCCGUUGCAGGGAAGAGGUUCUUGCUCAUCCUUGAUGAUGUUUGGAAUGACAACGGGAGUGAGCUUUGGCAGAACGUAGACCAGGGGAAAGCUUUACUAUCACCUCUGCAGAAUGGUCAGCAAGGUAGCAGAAUAGUCGUGACUACACGCACGAAGAUGGUGGCUGACAUGCUAGGUGUAAGGAUCCCAAUGAUGUUGGUUGGAUUGGGUGCCGAAGAGCAUUGGUUGUUGCUCAAGAAGCACGCGUUGGUUUGUGAGGAGAGUUCUGGAUAUUCUCAGUUGAAGGAGAUUGGGAGAAAGAUUGCUUUGAAGCUAAGAGGAUCUCCUCUCGCAGCUAAAGUUAUUGGCGGGACGCUUAGUGGUACUCGAAGGGCAAGGGAUUGGAACAGUAUCUUGGAGACAGAUAUUCAUGGUGACAUUGUCGCCACACUUUUGUCAAGCUAUUACCAUCUGCCACCACACUUGCAGUGUUGCUUUGCAUAUUGCAGUAUAUUUCCGAAGAACUGGAAGUUUGAGCCAAAGAAACUUGUUAGGAUGUGGAUAUCACAGGGUUUCAUUCAGAUGGAAAAUGGCAGAAGCAUGGAGGAUUGUGGUAAAGAGUAUUUCAAACAACUUUUGUUGAGGUCAUUCUUUCAGACUGUCAAGCAAGGAAACAAAAGGCUCUAUCUCAUGCAUGACUUGAUUCAUGACUUGGCACAAAUGGUUUCUGAUGGUGAUUGUGGGAGGGUCGAAGGUGACAUGUCCAAAAACAUACUGCCAACCAUCAGACACUUGUCAGUUUCAAGUAACUGUUUAGGAAAGAUAAAAAAUCAAAACUAUCUGAAGAGAUUAAGGACACUGAUUGUGUUUAGAGAUCCUUUGAUGCCCCCGAGUCCUAUCCCAGAUGGUUUUCUCGCUGAGAUAAAGAAUGUGCGCACGUUAGAUUUUACCGGAUGUGAUAUAUCCAAGUUACCCGAAGCAAUUGACGUACUAACUCAUCUACGCUACAUAGCACUUCCUGAUACUAUCAAGACCAUACCUGAAUCUGUGAGCAGAUUACUGCAUCUUCAGACUUUUGAUAUUCCAAAGAAGUGCCAGCUUGAUGGAUUUCCUGAGGGUAUGCACCAGUUGACCAGCUUGCGACAUCUUGGCAUCGAGUCAAAAUACAUCUCAACAAUAAGAGGUAUUGGUAGUCUGGUUAACCUUCAAGGUUCUGUUGAGUUCCAUGUUAAAAAGGAAAAGGGGCGAACCUUAGAAGAAUUGAAGGAUAUGAGGGAUCUUCAUGGGCUUCUUAGCAUCAAGAAUCUGGAAAAUGUUCAAUGCAAAGAGGAAGCUUGCGAAGCUCAAUUGGCAAAUAAGCAACAUGUGAACAUUUUAAAAUUUGAAUGGAGUGUUGCCAAUUUAGAUUUUGGUCCCAACAUAGAUGCUGAAGUAUUGAACUGCUUACAACCUCAUCCCAAUCUGGAAGAACUUCACAUUGCAAGGUACAAAGGGGCAUCAUCGCCGAGGUGGUUGCAGCUGAAAACGUUGUCCCACCUGAAAUGCCUGUAUCUAGCUAAUUGCAGAAGGUGGGAGUGGCUUCCUCCUCUGGGGCAGCUUCCAUCUCUGAGGGUGUUGCACCUGAAGGAAAUGAAUUCUGUUGCUGAAAUUGGCCCUUCGUUCUAUGGUGGCUUGAUGGCAUUUCAAUCUCUAAAGGAUCUUGAAUUUGAUGACAUGCCGAAUUUAGUUCGCUGGACAGGAGAAACUGGUAACUCAUUUCUCCCUUCCCUGCAAAAGUUGAAGAUUUCAAACUGUCCAAAGUUGGAUGAAGUGCCCUUGCUUCCUUAUACAAUAAAAAGAGUGACGGUAGAACGAAGUAAAGUUUCACAUCUCAAGUUGUCCCCUCAUUGUUCAUCUAGAUCAAGCAAAUUCAUGUUGGAAAUUUCUUCCACGAGUAUUCUGAGUGAAGGGUUCUUAUUACAUCAGCAACACCUUGAAGCUACCGAGGUUCUAAACAUUAGGGGUUGUUGGGGAUCAGUGGCUGCCGAAAAAUUUAAGUUACUAACAUCACUAAGAAAACUACGGUUAUGGCAGUGCGACAUGGAUGAUGCAAGGCUUAAUUUGUGUUUGCAACACUUAACUGUUCUCGCUUCCUUAGAGAUAAUUGACUGCAAGAAUAUCAAAUCAUUUGUCUUGCCAGUUGGUUCAAGGUAUUUUACAACACUUCAACACUUGUGCUUUGAGAAUUGCCUGAACCUUUCCUCCUUGGCUACCUUGGAAAGCUCCAUUUUCCUGAAAAGUUUGAUCAUUGAGAGGUGUCCAAUGGUCACAGCAGUGUCCCUACCUUCUGAGAUGAAGAGAAUGACAUCUCUUAAUAAACUGAGUAUAUCACACUGCCAAGGGUUUCAGUCAUUGCCGAGCAGUAUCCCGCCAUCCCUGGAAUUUCUUCAUUUGGUUGGGUGUGACUCGAGGUUGACUGAAGGGUUACUUGAGAGGCAAGGUCCAGAGUGGGAGAAGAUUGCCUUUAUCUCCCAAAUCACAGUAUACUAA